GCGCGCUCGCCCGCCAUGUUCGCCGAAAUGAACCGCAGGACCUUGGCGUUCCGGGGGGGCGGCCUGGUCAGCGCGGCCGCCGCCGCCGCAGUUGCGGGAGGCGGCGGCCCGACGGCUAACGGGGGCGGCGGCGCGAGCGAGGCCUGGGUCCGCCAGGAGGCCGAGCAGCUGAACGGCCAGGGGGUGGAGGAGGAAGUGGAGCUGGAGACUGUGGAGUUCGAUGUGCCUGAGCUGGAGGCCACGGACGCCGCCGGGAAGGACCUCCUGCUCUUGCCCACCACUCCUCCGAACUCGGUGGGCGCCGACGCGCCGGUCGCUGCCGCCCCCGCCCCGGUGGGCCCCAUGUUCGCCGAGAGGAACCGCCGGACCUUGGCCUUCCGCGGCGGGGGCUCGGCGUCGGCGAACAAUGGCUGCGAGGGGGCGGCCUGGCCGCGGCGGCCGUUGAACGGGCGGGGGGCCGGCGGCGGCGAGGAGGAGGACCUGGAGCUCGUGGGCGUGCUGGAGGGGAAAGACCUGGUGCAGGACGGGGGGUCGCUGAGCGACAGCAGCGAGGACGAGGAGGACGGCGAGGGGGGCAGCCUGGGCGAUGGCAGCGGCGCCGAGGGCGGCAGCUGCAGCAGCAGCAGGCGGUCCGGGGGAGACGAGGCGGAGGUCAGCAGCGUGGGCGCGGGGGAGGGGGAAAGCAUCCAGCACUUCCCGCUGGCGGCCCGGCCCAAGUCCCUCCUGCAGAAGCUGCACGUCUCCUUCCAGAGCGCCUGGCUCAAGGAGUUCCCGUGGCUGCAGUACUGCCAGCAGACCGGACUCGUGUCCUGUGCCUGGUGCGCCGCCGCCGCCUCCACGAACACCUCCGCGGACGGCGGCAGCAACGGCGGCGGAGGGCACGACGAGCUCUGCAAGGGCACUCGCAACUACAAGCGCGCCCUGCUUCUCAGGCACCACAUCUCCACCGAGCACCGCCUCAACGAGCCUGUCACUGCUGAGCAGGAAUCUGAAGUAACAUCGGAAUUGGCUAAUGAGAGAGAUUGUGAUUACAACAUUAGGCCAAAUGAGAACUCUUACUGCUAUCAACUAUUACAAGAACUAAAUGAGCAGAGAAAAAAGGGCAUUCUUUGUGAUGUUCAUAUUGUAGUGAGUGGAAAGGUCUUCAGGGCUCACAAAAACAUCCUGGUUGCAGGCAGCCGUUUCUUCAAGACUCUAUAUUGCUUUACAAACAAAGAAAGCCGUAACCAAACCACUGUUACCUACUUAGAUGUUGUUGCUGUUCAAGGCUUCUCUGUCAUCUUGGACUUCCUAUAUUCUGGCAACCUUGUGCUUACAAGCCAGAAUGCAAUUGAAGUAAUGUCAGUGGCCAGCUACCUUCAAAUGACAGAGGUUGUCCAAUCCUGUCGCAAUUUUAUCAAAGAUGCCUUAAAUAUAAGUAUAAAAUCAGAAGCCCCAGAAGCUGUCGUUGUGGAUUACAAUAGAAGGUCUGUUAGCAGGGAUGGAUUGUCUUCAAGGGAUCAGAAAGUUGCUAGUUUUUGGGCCACACGAAAUCUUACUAACUUGGCAAGCAGUAUAAAAACUGAAAAUGAUGGCUACUGCAUAGAUGAGAGCCAAUCUGAAAAUUACCAAAUGCAUGAUUGGGUCCAGGACAGCUCACCUGAAACGGCUGAAAAUGAAUCUCAAGGUGAGGGAAAGGUGUUCGUAUGGAAUGAUAUGAGCUCACAGGGACAAUCGCUUCAAGAACCUGGAAAAGCAAGAAGGAAAAACCAAACUGCUAAAAGGUUUGUUUACAAUAUACCACCCAAUAAUGAAGAAACAUUAGAAGAAUGUGCAGCUACUCAAUCAUCGGUCCAAUAUCCAGAAGAAGACUUGCAGUUUAUCAAAGAAGAAGCAGGUACCUCAAAUGAUUUCAAGUUUGGAAUGUUUCCGGGUAUCUCAAGUGAUUUCAAGUUUGGAUUGUUACCAGGUUCUUCAAACGAUUUCAAGUAUGGCUUGUUGCCUGAAUCCUGGCCAAAAGAAACCUGGGAAAAUGGUGACUCUUCUUUAAUCAUGAACAAACUGAAGUGUCCACACUGUAACUACGUAGCCAAAUACAGAAGAACACUAAAGAGACAUUUGCUCAUUCAUACAGGAGUGAGAUCUUUCAGCUGUGACAUUUGUGGAAAGCUAUUUACUCGUAGAGAACAUGUAAAAAGGCAUUCCUUGGUUCACAAAAAGGAUAAAAAGUACAAAUGUAUGGUGUGUAAGAAGAUUUUCAUGCUAGCAGCCAGUGUUGGAAUAAGACAUGGAUCUCGACGUUAUGGUGUGUGCGUUGACUGUGCAGAUAAAUCUCAACCAGGAGGGCAAGAAGGAGUAGACCAGGUACAGGACACAGAUUUUCCUAGAGAUGAAGAGUUUGAAGAAAAUGAAGUGGGGGAGGCUGACGAAGAGCUGCCUGAUGAUGUAGAAGAACAGAAUGACCAGACUCGAUGGGAUGAAUCUGGGGAAGUCUCUGUGCCUUUAGAAGACUGAGGUGGCUUGAUCUUCUUAAGAUGCUUUAUUUGGACGUCACAUGGAUUGACCAUGUUGAAUUUUUGGACUGAAGGCUUGGAAACAUGGUACAGGCUGGAUGGAAGUUAUGUUGCUGUGAAAAUCGUAGGGUCAAAGCCUUAUAGCAAAAAAAGGAUUAUUAAUUUUUUUAAGAUAUUUGCACAGGACUGUAAAGCAUACAGCCAUUUGGUUGAAUUAUAGAGUCCUCACAUCUACAGUCAAUUAUCAAAAGAAAUGUAUUUUUUAUUAUUUAUAGGAUAUAGCUAUUUGGGUCCUAAUCAAGCAUAGUAAUAACUGUGCUUGUGUUACACAUCCAUGUGUUCUUUAACAUGAAUGAAGCAAAUUGCAAUCUUUGGAGUUGACUCCAUUGAGAUUCCAAUCAUAGUUUGUGAACAAAAUGCAGCUAAUUUGGGCUAGCGGCUCAUGUUUCCUGAAAGGGGAUUUUGCUGCACCUCCCUUGCCUUCCCCUCAAUGGUUUAAAUAUCAGCAUCUUGAUGACAUGAAGCUAAGUCUUUUAGUUUUGUCAGGAUGUGGUUUAGCUGACAAGUCCUGGAGAACUUAAUCAUUGAUAUUUAAUUUACUGACUUUCUGGUUUUUGAUAUCUUGAGUUUGCAUAAAGCUACUUUUCACCAAAAAUACAAUAAUGACUUAAAGCUACAAGGAGGAUUGUGAUUGGAAUGAAGUAAAUUUCUCCUUGUCACUUAAAUAACUUUAUAUUAGACACUUUCUGGCAUGGCUACCCAUGUUUUAAUUUAUGUUUUCUUAGCACUAUUCCUAUUGGCUAUCAUUUUUAUUCACUACUGUAUACCUCAGUCCAUCACAAAGCAUAGAGUCCUAGAAUCUGAGGAGUGUCACAGAAGUAAAUGUAAUUGGCUUUUUUUUUUGUUUAAAUAGUUCAACCCAAUUUGUCUGCUUUUGUCUAUUUUUGUUAUGUGGAAAAUUAGACAUGAGCUGUCAUUUUUCUUUCUUUUUUGUGCCCCAUUGCUCUUCAUUAAAGUGAACACAAAAUGAA